UCCCGAGAGCUGACUCCGCAGCCCGUGGUGGGGGUACGCGGACGUGGCUACCUCGGGAACCAGGAGCCCUCUGGUCUGACCAGCGGGGAAGGACUGACGCUGCGGCCCACCCGGCCCGGCUCCCGCCGCCACUGUCUGGGACCAAAAGAUGCACUCCAGGGUCCCCCUGUUCCUGUUGCUGCUGCUAGCCCCAGGGCCUGGGGUGCAGGGCUGCCCAUCUGGCUGCCAGUGCAACCAGCCACACACAGUCUUCUGCGCUGCCCGCCACGGGACCACGGUGCCCCGAGAUGUGCCACCUGACACAGUGGGCCUAUAUGUCUUUGACAACGGCAUCACCACUCUGGACACUGGCACCUUUGCCAGCCUGCCGGGCCUGCAGCUCCUGGACCUGUCACAAAAUCAGAUCACCAGCCUGCCCAAUGGGGUGUUCCAGCCACUCGCCAACCUCAGCAAUCUGGACCUCACCUCUAACAGGCUGCGCGAGAUCACCAACGAGACCUUCCGUGGCCUGCGGCGCCUGGAACGCCUGUACCUGGGCAAGAACCACAUCUACCACAUCCAGCCCGGUGCCUUUGAUGCACUUGACCGCCUCCUGGAGCUCAAACUUCAAGACAAUGAGCUUCGGGCACUACCCCCGCUGCACCUACCGAGCCUGCUGCUGUUGGACCUCAGCUAUAACAGCCUCCUCGCUCUGGAGCCUGGUGCUCUGGACACGGCCAAUGUGGAGGCGCUGCGGCUGGCCGGCCUGGGUCUGCAGCAACUGGAUGAGGGGCUCUUUGGCCGCCUGCGCAACCUACAUGACCUGGAUGUGUCAGACAACCAGCUAGAGCACGUGCCUCCUGCAGUCCAGGGCCUCCAGGGGCUGACACGCCUGCGGCUGGCUGGCAAUACCCGCAUUGCCCAGCUGCGGCCCGAGGACCUGGCUGGCCUGGCAGCCCUGCAGGAGCUGGACCUGAGCAAUUUGAGCCUUCGGGCCUUGCCGCACGAGCUUUCAGGCCUCUUCCCCCGUCUGCGGCUCCUGGCAGCUGCCCGCAACCCUUUCAACUGUGUGUGCUCCCUGAGCUGGUUCAGCCCUUGGGUGCGGGAGAACCGUGUGGCACUGGCCAGCCCGGAGGAGACGCGCUGCCACUUCCCACCCAAGAAUGCUGGCCAGAUGCUCCUGGACCUUGACUACGCCGACUUCGGCUGCCCGGCCACCACCACUACGGCUACAGUGCCCACCACAAGGCCCUCGGCAUGGGAACCCACACCCACAUCUUCCAGCCCAGCCCCCACCUGGCAAAAUCCCACGGAGCCCGCUGCCAAGUCCCCAAGCCUGCUACCUGCCACCCCACCCACCAUGGGGCCUGAUCCCCAGACCCAGGACUGCCCGGCGUCCAUCUGCCUCAACGGGGGCACCUGUCAUCUCGGGGCUCGGGGCCACCUAGCCUGCCUGUGCCCCGAAGGCUUCACUGGUCUGUACUGCGAGAGCCUGGUGAAGCAGGGUCCAUGGCCCACCCCGGCCCCAGCCACUCUGAGGCCUCCUGGGCCCCUGCCCCUCAGAAUCGAGACAAUAAGCCCUACUUCUCUGAAGGUAGGGCUGCAGCGCUACCUACAGGACAGCACUGUGCAGCUCAAGAGCCUCCGCCUCACCUACCGCAACCUGUCAGGCCCCGACAAGCGGCCAGUGACACUGCGGCUACCCGCCUCACUUGCUGAGUACACGGUCACUCAGCUUCGGCCCAAUGCCACCUACUCCAUCUGUGUCAGGCCCCUGGAUGCUGGGUGGGUGCCUGAGGGUGAAGAGGCCUGUGGAGAGGCCCGCACGCCCUCUUCCCGCUCCAACCAUGCCCCUGUCACACAGGCCCGAGAGGGCAACCUGCCUCUUCUCAUUGCGCCUGCCCUGGCUGUCGUGCUCCUGGCUGCGCUUGCCGUUGUAGGGGUGGCCUACUUUGUGCGGCGGGGGCGGGCCGCAGCAGCUGCAGCUCAGGGCAAAGGGCAGGUGGGGCCUGGGCCCCUGGAGCUGGAGGGGGUGAAGGCCCCCUUAGAGCCAGGCCCCAAGGCAAAUGAGGGUGUUGGGGAGGCCCUGCCUGGUGGGCCUGAGUGUGAGGUGCCACUCAUGGGCUACCCAGGGCCUGGGCUCCAAGGGCCCCUUCCCACUAAGCCCUACAUCUAAGGGGGAAGGAUAGAUCACUGGGCUGGGUCCUCAGCCCUGCUGAGACUGGCCAGCACCCUCUCGCUGCCAGACCAGGAAGUUCUCAGAUCCAUAUGAUGAGGAUGACACGUCAGGGCAGGGACUGUGUGACUAUAGCUAAGUCCCUGCCCCUCUCUGGACCUCGGUCUCUUCAUCUAAGAUGCUGGGACCCAGGUGAAGACCUCUAAGGACCCCCAGGGCCCAAGUGCCCCUGAGGAUGGCAUAUGCCCUGUCCUCUGGCAGUGCGCAACCUCUGGGGUGGGACAGGGCAGGCAGGCUCUGCUGUGUGCUGGUAACACAGGCCUAGGGCCGCCAGGCUCCCAGCCGGAGGAGACUCAGGGGGGCAAUGAAGGAAGCCCCCAGAAAGACAGCAGAGGGAGAGCAGGGGUAAGGAUGGGUGUGUAACCCAGCCCUGGCCCCAGGGAGUGAAGCAACAAAAGAAACUGGAAAGAAAGACGCUUUAGGAACAAGCUUUGCUUUUGUUUUUUAAAAUAUAUUUAUAAGAGAUCCUUUCCCAUUUAUUCUGGGAAAAUGUUUUUCAAA